AUGGCUGAGAUUCAAUCUUCCAAGGACGUCGUCCCCCCCGUCGACUCGGGCGACCACCACCCCGAGGAUCUGCAGAAGCACACCGUCGAGGACGCCCUCGAGCGCAAGUCCUUCUUCCAGGCCGCCCUGCCCGUCUUUGCCUGCGGCGCCGGUCUCUUCUCCGAUGGCUACAUCAACAACGUCAUCGGCUCGGUCAACACCGCGCUGUCGAGGCAGUACGGCGCCACCUUUGACGACUCGCGCGCCAAGGGCGUCGUCGCCAGCGUCGCCUUCGCCGGCACCGUCCUCGGCCAGCUCGUCUUCGGCUUCACCUCGGACCACUGGUCGCGCUCGCACUCCCUCGUCACCUCCACCGCCAUCCUCAUCGUCUUCACCGCCCUCGCUGCCGGCUCCUACUGGCACGGCGACGCCGUCGGCAUGUUCAACAUGCUGGCUGCCUGGCGCUUCUUUGUCGGCAUCGGAAUCGGAGGCGAGUAUCCCGCUGGUAGUGUUGGCUGUGCCGAGUCCACCGGGGAGCUCAAGCGCGGCACCCGCAACCGCUGGUUCAUCCUCUUCACCAACUCCAUGAUCGACGUCGGCUUCGUCAUCGGCGCCUUCAUCCCUUACGUCGUAGCUGCCGCCACCCACAACGGCCACUACGAGACCAUCUGGCGUACCAGCCUGGGCAUUGGUGUCGUCUUCCCACUCAUCUUGUUUGUCCUCCGUCUUCGCCUGAAAGAGCCCGAGGAGUUUGCCAAAGAGUCUAUGCGUCGCGCUACUCCGUACUCCCUGGUACUCAAAUAUUACUGGUUCAGACUGGCCGCCGUCUCCGUCAUCUGGUUCCUCUACGACUUCUCCUCGUAUGCCUUUGGAAUCUACUCGUCUGACAUUCUCAGCUCCAUCUACCCUAAAGGCUCUCCUCUCACGACUAUUUUCGGCUGGAACACUGUCAUCAACCUGUUCUACAUUCCUGGCACCAUCCUUGGUGCCUUUGUUAGCGAUUGGAUCGGGCCCAAGUACGCGCUCAUCUUUGGCGUGUCCGCGCAGGCAGUCGUCGGCUACAUCAUGGCCGGCGUCUACAGCUCCAUCUCCAAGCACGUCGCCGCCUUCGCCGUCGUCUACGGCAUCUUCCAGGCCCUCGGCGAGCUCGGCCCCGGCAACAACAUCGGUCUCCUGGCCGCCAAGACGUGCGCCACCGGCGUCCGCGGUCGCUACUACGGCAUCGCCGCCGCCAUUGGCAAGAUUGGCGCGUUCGUCGGCACGUACGCCUUCCCUGCGAUCGAGAAGGCCGGCAACAGCAAGACGCAGUCUGCGCAGUAUCCGUUCUGGGUCGCCUCCAGUCUCGCCCUCCUCUCUGCGGCCGUUGCCUUCUUCUGCCUGCCCAAUGUCGGCCAGGAUACUAUUUCCGAGGAGGAUAGAAAGUUCCGACAGUACCUGGAGAGCAAGGGCUGGGACGUCUCUCAGCUCGGCCUGGGUAAAACUGACUCGGAAGCGGGUGUCAGCCAGGCGGAGAAUGUUGUUGAGAACAGCGGCACUGAUGAGAAGAGGUAG